AUGGGUGUAAUGACAGUCCCUGAAAUCACUGAGAAAUUGGGCUUACACACCCUCAGAAGAGAAUGGUACAUCCAAGGUACUUGUGCUCUCACUGGAGAUGGAUUAUAUGAUGGUUUGGAUUGGUUAGCCAAAACAGUUGGAAAGAAGAAGUGAGUUUUAAGAGCUUUUAUAUAUUAAAUAAUUGUUAACAUUUAAUUAAUCA